ACAAGGGAGAGAGGAAGGAUCAACAGAAUCCAUACCUUUAAUUGAAUUGCGAAGAGAAAAGGAAUCAAAAGAUGAAGAAGAGAAGCAGGAUCCUCUGUCAGAAAUGGUGACGAGUGGAGACGAGUACGCUGAUGCUCGGUCCAACACGUCCGAGGACAAGAUAGACACGUCCCUUGUGAAAAAGAUGGAACACUUCCGCCAGCAGCAUUUCAAUGUAGAGCAGAAUAAGGAGAUAUCCCCUCCCCCCUCCGCAGGCUGUAACACUAACGUCCUCUUGAUGGUUCUACAUGGAGGAAAUUUGCUUGACAUGCACAUUGACCAUGUGCAAGCUUCCAAGAGAAGUGACUUCAGCACGAUCAAGUCAACGUUUGAGCAGGUGAUGAGGACCCAUUAUCCUGGUGCUGUGGGUCACAUCGCCUUUAGACUGGUAUCCUGCCCUCAGAUCUGUACAGAAACUGUCAACCUUCUUGCCAGCCUCAGUCCUUAUGGAUAUGAUUCCCAAACUCCAAAGUCCCAGGAAGCAUCAUUCUGGACCCAGGAUUUCGUACCUUUGGGAGCCAUUGCUUUGUUUGCAUCCUCUAAUCCAGAUUAUCAUGAAAGUGUCAAUAAAAUGGUGACCAAGGCCAACCUGGUGUACCAGGAUUUCCUCAGCUCAGGGGAGGGCAAGGGAUUUAAUGGGCAGGUGUGUCUGCUGGCGGAUUCCACUGGGUCCUUGAUGGCAUAUGAUGCUCUGACAAUGUCUGGUCUUCAUUUCGGGAGAGGAAUGAGUACAUACAACAGUAACAACAGUCUAAAUGAAAGUGACCCUGACCUCUCUAAGUGUUGUGACCUCAAAGACCGUGUGUGUAACACUGUAAUGUCUGACAAACAGUUAAAUAAGAGUGACACACCGUCUACAGACUAUAAACUGCGGCAGCAGAACUCGACCCAGAGACAGUCAGGGACCAACCUCCAUGUUAAUGAACCACCGGAGCAUGUCAGACGCACAAGCACGGGGAGUAACUUUGAUGGAACUUAUCUAAAACUGGACUUUGAGGUGUCUGAGUUCUUUAUGUUUGGUGCCCCUCUGGGUCUUGUGCUGGCCUAUAGGAGAAUGACCAUGAGGGAGGAUGCCCAAUCCCAAGGUCCCAUGUGCAAUCAGGUGUAUAAUUUGUUCCACUCCAGUGAUCCUUCGGCGGUGAGACUGGAGCCUCUUAUUCACGAUUCAUUCAAACUUAUUCCACCUGUAAAGAUCUCAAGGUACAACAAGUUUCCUUUAGGAAAUGGAGAACCUAUCAAUGUAGUGGAGACGGUACAGAGUAACCUGAAUUUGUUCACCAACCGUCACUGUUCAUCAGGUCCUCCGUUACAGAGACAGGGAAGCAUUACUAAUAACAUAUCUCAGAUGUCUGGAUUAGGAGAGUCCACAGUCUCCGUCAUCACCAAUGUGACAAGCUGGUGGUGGGGCAAUAAAAGAGUGGACUAUGUCCUGUAUUGCCCUGAGGACUGCCAUACAUUUCCAAUUUCUGCCCUUCCACAUUUCUUCCAUGCCAGCUUCUGGGAAUCUUCUGAUGUUACUUCCUUUAUCCUUCGUCAGGUGCUGCGGUACGAUUCAUCACUGUGUGAGAACAAAGGUGAUUAUUUAGAUCCACAGUCAAGUCUGAUUGGGAACUCUGCAUGUGAAAAAUGGCUAAAACGCACAACAGCCAUAAAGGUCAAGAAUUUACAUCCAAAUCACAGAGGAAAUGAUGUCAUGGUGCUGGAGGAUAAACCACAAGUUAUCACGGCAAGGUUCGAAUUCAUGUACGGGCCAUUGGAUGUCACGUCAUUGUCAGGCGAGAAAGUUGAUGUUCAUGUGAUGGAUCAACUCAACGGAGAAUGGCAGUACAUGGGAACUGAUGUAACAGAUAACAAUGGAAAACUUCAGUUUACAAUUCCAGCCAGUAAAAGUCUCCCACAGGGGAUGCAUCCAGUCAAAGUAGUGGUCAGGGGUGACCACAGUUCAGCCGACUUUUACCUGUGUGUCCUUCCCCCUAAAACAGAGACAAUUGUAUUCAGUAUUGAUGGCUCCUUCACGGCCAGUAGGUCAAUCUCGGGGAAGAAUCCAAGACUUAGACCAGGGGCUGUGGAUGUUGUCAGACACUGGCAGGAGCAUGGCUACCUGAUCCUGUACGUAACAGCUCGUCCAGACAUGCAACAUAAAAAUGUUGUCUCCUGGCUUGCAAUGCAUAACUUUCCCCAUGGAAUGGUAGCAUUCAAUGAUGGUCUAUCAAAGGAACCUAUGGAACAGAAACUAGCUUACCUCAAAUCCCUCCAAUCCGAGGCUCAGUUGCUGUUUAAGGCAGGUUAUGGCUCAAACAAGGAUAUCUAUGUGUACAAGGAGCUAGGCCUCACUCCCCAACAGAUAUAUAUAGUAGGAAAGUCCUCCAAAAAACACAUGGCCCAUGCUCAGGGCCUGAGUGAGGGAUACGCCGCCCACCUGAGUGACCUUCGUGCACCGGGAACCACCAGACAGGCGAUGGGCAAUGCAAGACUCUUCAUCCAGAAGGGAGUAUUUACCAAAACAUUCAAGUCGGAAGGUAAAAAAUCUGUGAAGAGGAUUUCUUCUAACCCGACCCCAGCAGGAGAUUUUGUAAAUAAACAUGAUGGACAUUUACAUACAACAAUAUCAGUAGCGCCAGAGGGACACACCAUCAUACAGCAAGGUGGCGCCACCAGUACCAGAGCACGGGAACGUCUCCAAAGGCAAACAUGACACUUAAAGAUGUUCCUAGAUAAUGAAUGUUACACAAGUUAAUCUCUUUUAUAUGCUUCCAUAAUAUUGAUAUAGUAUAUUUUGUGAUAACGAAGUUAAUGUCAUUUUUGUUAUUGUGUAAAGAUUAGCCAAUCUUGAAUUUUUUACCUUUAGAGAGAAAAUGCCCAAUAGCUUAGA